AUGCAAGUUCAACAAGAAACAAAAAUCCAAAAGCUCGAGCAGGGGCUCAAGCGAGUAUUCGCAGCAGCGCUUGAUAGAAAGGAGGGCAAGAUUACCUCCAAACAACUAUUAAGAACGGCGGACAGGGCUUCAUGGGAUUCCACUCGUCUUUUCGAUGAUUACUUAGUACCAGCACAAAAUCUGAAACUCGACGCUGUCGGUACUCUGUUUACUGAGACCGGGCACCCAGGACAUCGCUUUCUAGCUGAGCUCACAAGGAAAUGGAUGCAGUCUCGUCACUACAUGCCUCUGACUCUGACAUUUGGUACUUAUUCUGCUAUUACGCUCAUAUUUUAA